UGUGAUUAUUGACGUUUGUAAUUUGUUUGACUCCGCGACCGACUCGGACAGUGAACAGUUUAGUGAAUAAUCUAACGAUCAGUCGCUUACUCUGUCGUGUUUAUGUUUUAAUUCGAACCAAGUUGUACAAAUCGGGCGAUGGAGUGGUCGAAAGACAGAACAUUGAAGUUGAUCGAACUGUUGCAAGUGAACGCAAGUCUUUGGAACCCGUCUUUAUGUGAGACGAGAAGAGACAAACAGAAGCGGCGCGAAGAAUUGCGAUUAAUAUCGGAUAUUUUAGGUAUAUCGGUGCCGGACGUUACGAAGAAGAUUCAACAUCUCCGGACACAGUACAACCGUGAAUCGGCGCGGGAAGUGCGCGCUUAUGUUGAAGACCCCAACGAUAGAUAUGUCAGCAAUUGGUACGCGUUCGAAUAUUUACACUUCUUGAAGGACUCCAGCAAACCGUACAGGGUUUUACAGUCGGAGGACAACUCAGAAAUUAGUGGUCAAUCAUCUCACUCGGACAAUGCAGUCAGUGACUGUAAGCUUGCCAGUCUGUCUCCACCUCACAAGAUCUCCAGAACAGAGCCAGCUGUGCCCGCAGUCAAGCCAGAAAUUGUCUAUCCCACAAUAUCCAGACCCAGAGAUGAGUUUUCUGUAUUUGGGGAAUACAUAGCUAAUGAGCUCCGCUCUUUAAAAGGAGAAAAAAACCUUUUGGUAGCAAAGAAGAAAAUACAGGAUGCCAUAUUUGAUGUAAAGAUGGGAAUGAUUGGGGAAACAAGGACUGAACAAGGACCAUUGUGUAGCAAGUUAUAUUCAACACCUGUAAUGACGACUGCGGCUCACAUUGAGCCCUUGUCAGCAUCCCAAACACCCUCUACAACAGGAAUCAGUGAGAUUAUCAUAAAUGGUGCGUGCCAUUACUCUAACUUCAAAGUUGACACUCAAUAGCAGUGUCAUCCACUUCCAGAUGAGGAAGUGGAUAAAAAUGAAGGAUAUACCAUAAGCAAUUAACACGUUCGUGGACAGAAUGAGAUUAAAGGUCAUCAUUCGAAAUUAAUGGGCAAGGUGUAUACACGUCCCACACAUACAUACCGCGCUCGGUUGUGUCAUGAUGUCUUGGGACAAUACGCUACGAUGGGACGCUAUGUACAUACACGUUGUAUAAUUUGUAUGGACAUUUACUGUGUCAUUUUGGUACACAAUCUAAAGUUGUAGUGUCCGCGAACGUGUUAAGCAAUAGCAAGCUGACUAAUGGACUUAUAAUGCAAUCCACAUAAUAUAAGUCCUCACAACUACUUGAAAGUGAAAAAACAGGCCUAAUAAAUAUGUAGAAAGAAAUUCCUCUUGGACAGCUAAUGGAUUUUAACUAUUGUAAUUUUAAGGAACUUAUGUAUACUUUAAGUUUAUGAUGAAAAUUGAACACAAGUCCUGUAAAUGACAAUUUAUUUAUUUUUUAUAUCUUGGCAAUAAGUUUAAAAGUAUCAUAUCAGAAUGAAAUCAUUUCUUUAUAUCACAUUUUACUUUAAUGUUGUGUAUUGUAUUAAUAUGUAAUUACAGCUAUUUUUUAAUUUACAACACAUAUGUAAUCAAUACUUUACAUUUGAAACAUACUUAAUGGGAUUAUUAAACUGCCAGUCUAGUCAAGGUAUAAUACAAUGUAUUGUAAUUUCUUUAAAUCAAUUUAAAAGCACUUUGGUUUAUUUUUUACCGUAUUAAGUAGUUCUUUUACAGUCUACUUUUGAAAAUGUAUUUAAAUGGUAUAUCAGUAUUGAAACGAUUGAUCUCAACGAAAAUAUUGUAUAUAGCUAAGAACUUAGAAUAUAAGCUAGCUCUACAUA